UGAUCUCCUCUGAUCUGCGAUCUCCUCCGAUCUCCUAAGAACCAUGACUAUCAAAUACCGAUCCCAUCGUUGCUGAGUCCUCAAAAUUAGUGGUGACCAUUUUUAUCAGUUUCGCCGAUUUUUUUGGAAAACUCCUGGACUACGGAAUUUACUAUUCAGAUGAUGAAAAGUUUCCCGAUGGCCAGGAAACUCUUCAUCUGGUGCUUCAUGCUCUGGGGGACCUGCCAGUGCUCCAGCGAGUCCUAUCAGCACAAGAGUGGCAUCAACGAGAGUACGCGAAUUUUCUCCCCCCGUAUGGACUACGACGAGUGGACGCCCCUGGGCCGGGGAGAUCCCCUGAAGAACGACCCGACAUUCGACUACGUUCCCCCAGUAUUGGAACGAGUGCAAUACUGGUUGGGCGACACGCAGACAACAGAGCCCUCCUCUAAGCGAGACGUCCUGGUGCUAGGAGUGACGGCUAAGAAGACAAGUCCCCAGAUUCCCGAGCACUUUCUCAAGUUCAUGGACACACCGAAGCACCCGCCGACGUACUUGACGCGCGACUUCACCGGGAGCACAGGUGCGGAGCCCCCGAAGCCACUCCGCACCACUAAAUUUCGUAGUCCACUAGACUUCAAGCACCCGACGAAGGGCCACUACCCAUCCCACCCGGAAACCAGCGAUUAUUACUACCCAGAAAAGCAAAAGCCCUACACAGUGAUGCUCCCUCCGCCCUUAUACUCCGUCGCCAACACUCUUCAGUUCGGACUGCCCCAGAGUCCGCAGAAGAAGUCAAAUUACGACUCAAAUGACGAACCCAACUACGAGCCAAACUCCUCGACAACGUCAUCCUCGAUCUCCUUCGAGAAGUCCAACUUGAUUUAUCAUCAGUCAAGUCACCAGGCACUGGACUGGCCCCCAGGGAAGCCUCUACAGGCCUUCCACCGUCCGAUUCAGGAUAAUUACCCAAGUAAUUCGCCCUCCAUCACCUGGCCAGGACCUUCCAAGGAAGACUCCGGCAUCUUCGAGCGUGACCAUCACCACGCAGCAUCCAUGAACCACGAGAUCGUCGUCGGUCCCAAUGCCAACAUUAUCGUCGACGCCGGGGACAGCGGUGAUGCCAAAGAAAUGAUCGUCGUGGGUCACAAGUCACCGGACCUCAACAUGUCUGUCAUUCUGGCGAACACCUCGACGACACCUGGGGAUUUCGAGAGCAGGGCCAAUGUCACGGUGAGCGUUGUUAUGCCAACAAACUACAAAGACACCACGAAGAGCAUCUCCAGGGGGACGGAAGUACAUUUGGGCACUACUUUUUCCUCGUCAUCUUCUUCUACUUCUUCUUCUACUUCGACCUCUUCAUUUUCAUCUUCAUUCGUGGAAAUGAGUGCAACGACGCCGUUUGUCCCUUCGACGACGGUAGCACCCCCUCCGAUCAUGGACACGUCCUGGCAACAGGACCAGGCCCCACCCCCGAUGUUUCCGAUGAGGGCACCACCGAAGAUCUAUCGAAGACCGGGUUUCAAUCAUAGACCUCUGUUUGGAGGAAGACCUAUGGGCUCGAUGAUGAUGUUCAGCAAUGAAGCCUUUCGACCUACCACAAUCAGGUCGACCCUCGGGGCUCUCCUCCAGAAGGAGGCCACCAAAGUCACCACCCCAACAACAACAACAACAACAUCAACAACAACGCCCUCUACGACGCUGAUCGCUGACAGCUUCACAACAGAUCCCAUAUUUUCGCAUUACAAGCAACCAGCAGCCCCUCUUCAUGGACCCCCUUACUUGAUCAUCCAAGGGCACUCUAAGGUUAAGACUUAUAAACCCACGAUUAGCAAGCAUGGCGUACCCCUGCCAAUGGAAACCACCCUGAGACCGAUUUCCAAGUUCGAGCAGUUUGUUAAUGAAAAUACCAGGCGGAUGGAGAUCAAGACCACCACUGAAGGGAUUCGACGGGAAAACAAGAACGAUAGUCUGCUUAAUCUAGUGCAGAAGGGCGUCAGUGCAUUCACUAUUUUUAACGAGUGACGCGAUAUUAACAGUAACGAAACAAUUUACACUUCAAAUACUCUCAAACUGGGGAGAAACCUCGACUACACACGUAUCUACCGUUUGAAAGUCCACGGAAUGUCCAAUAAAAUCGAUAGAAAUAGAUAUAACAAUCGGGAAAUCGUUUUAUCAGAUAGUACCAGUGCCAGUAUACGAUAUGGAUGAAUAUUCCUUAUUGAUAAGUAUUUAAUAUUAACACUAGUCUUAUCUUUCUUAAUCAGUU